AACCUAUUGCCUUAGAGGAGUGCUUGGAACAGUGAAGCACUGAGGUGAUUUGAUGAUUUCCUGCUCUGAUGGAACUCUGGCAAAGGCAUAGCGCUUUGACAGUGAAAAAACAACUCCAAGACUGCAGCAGGACAAAUUUGGAAGCACUUCAGAAGAAGCUGGAAGAGCUAGAAUUGGAUGAACAGCAACGAAAGCGCCUCGAAGCUUUUCUCACCCAGAAACAGAAAGUUGGAGAGCUGAAGGAUGAUGACUUUGAGAAGAUCAGUGAGCUGGGAGCAGGGAAUGGUGGUGUGGUCUUCAAAGUAUCUCACAAGCCUUCUGGUCUCAUAAUGGCGAGAAAGUUAAUUCAUCUAGAGAUCAAGCCAGCUAUUCGAAACCAGAUCAUUCGUGAGCUGCAAGUUCUACACGAGUGCAACUCUCCAUACAUAGUGGGCUUUUAUGGAGCUUUUUACAGCGAUGGGGAAAUCAGCAUUUGCAUGGAACAUAUGGAUGGCGGCUCCUUGGAUCAAGUACUGAAAAAGGCUGGAAGAAUUCCAGAGCAGAUACUGGGCAAAGUUAGCAUUGCGGUAAUAAAAGGACUCACAUAUCUGAGAGAAAAGCAUAAAAUAAUGCACAGAGAUGUUAAACCAUCUAACAUUUUGGUAAACUCUAGAGGUGAAAUCAAGCUUUGUGAUUUUGGUGUCAGUGGACAACUGAUAGAUUCUAUGGCAAACUCGUUUGUUGGCACACGCUCCUACAUGUCU